CAUUUGAACUGUCAAUCGCAUUGCCAUAUUUUUAGAGAACUUUGGUGAGCACGGAAGCGUGGUUUUUGCACUCUGAGUUUAUCCACGAAAAAACUUACUUUUACUGCAUUUCACAAUUGUUAACUCCAUCAAAAGUGUUUGAGGCAUUCUUGAGCUUAUUUUCAAUCAAUUGGCAAAAUGGUUUUCGGUCUCGUUCUUACACCCAACAAAAAGUACUCCCAGACAGUGGAGAAGGACUAUCAGUUGUCCAAUGCGGCAUUGGAUACAAGAACAUGUGGUCAGGGUGAUACACAACUCAUGGUGACCGUGGAGAAGAACACCUACCUCCUGUGCACGCUAAACAAGGAGCAUCCACAGUGCACGCUGGAUCUGCAGGUCUCGGAAGGGGAGAAAAUUGGUUUCUGUAGCAUGGGAACAGGCACUAUCCAUUUGGUUGGGUAUAUGCUUCCGGACGACCCAAUGGGGGAUGAUUUCGAAGGAGAUGAGGAGUCUGAUGCUUCCGAGGAGGAGGAUGAGGAUACAGAAGUGCCACAGCUUGUGCCGAUUGAAGGGAAAAAGGGGAAAAAUGUUAGGAAAGAAAAGCCAGCUUCUCCUGCACAGGAAGAUAGCGAUGACGAUGAAGAGGACGAUGAUGAUGAUGACGAUGCCGAAGAUGACGAUGAGGAUGAUGACAGUGAGGGCGGAGAAGAGGAAGAGGAUGACGACGAUGAGGAGGAGGAGGAUGAUGACAGUGACGAAGAGCCACAGCCACAGAAGAAAGCCAAGCUGGAUGUGAAGCAAAAUGGCUUGGAGAAUGGAACGGCACAGCCGAAGAGUAAGAAGGAGCUGAAGAAACAGAAAAAGCAGGAAGCUCAGCAGAAGAAGGAUAAACCAGAGGGACAACAGAAGCAACAACAACAGCAACAGAAAGGUGGCAAGAAGCAGGUUCUUCAGGGAGGCGUCGUGAUUGAAGACCUCAAGGUUGGCGAUGGCCCAGAAGCCAAGUCCAAGCAGAAAGUUUCGGUCUACUACGAAGGACGAUUGAAGUCAAACAACAAAGUCUUUGAUUCCUGCAAGAGCGGCAAUGGUUUCAAGUUCACCAUUGGCCGUGGCGAAGUGAUCCGUGGCUGGGAAGUUGGUGUAGCCGGCAUGAAGGUGGGCAGCAAGAGGAGAAUCACAUGCCCCCCACAGAUGGCGUACGGUGCCAAGGGAUCACCACCAGUCAUUCCUCCCAAUUCAACGCUGGUAUUUGAUGUGGAGCUGCGACAAGUUAAGAAUUAAAUUUUCCUUUAUCUCUGCUUACCUACAUUAAGAAAAGAAAAAAAAAAUCAUUCAAACAGCGAGUAUUUUUCUCUUAAUUUUUAUAAACAUUGAAAAAAACAAUAAACUGGAUUCACUCGUGGAAAAAAAAA